AUGGCUCGACUGCUUGACCCGCCCCCGAUGACGAGGCAGGGUUCUAAUAUUGGCAGGAGGACCGUAUGGGAGACAGAAAGCGGAGAUGGUCCGUUUUCAAGAUCAUGGAUCACGCUUCAAUUCAUCGAACGACCUCGCAGGCUGGGGCUUGUCCAUCCACCAGCAGACCUGGCUCCUAGAGCGAAUUUUAGGAGCAAUGACAUUGAAGAUGAGAGUUCCUUAAACGAGCUUAUCCAAGACUUGACACAGAAUGACCGCCCGGGACCCCCUCCUGCGCCUCCUUCAGCUAUCGAAGCCUUACCAACGAUUGUGGUAACUGAAAAGCAUCUGAGCACUGACCUGCUCUGCCCGGUAUGCAAGGAAGAGUUUGAGAUCGGUGGCGAGGCAAGGGAGAUGCCGUGUAAACACUUUUAUCAUUCGGAUUGCAUCAUCCCGUGGCUGCACAUCCACAACACAUGUCCAGUCUGCCGCUACGAGCUUAGUGAAUCUUCCGGUGAAGAAUUUCCCGAUGACGGCGACGACCAGUCUGAUGUUGAACAAGAGCCCUCCGUGUUUCAGAACAGAGGGCAGGCACUUCGGACGGGGGUAGAUCCUGGUGGCAAUCCUGGUUCAUUCUAUAACUUCGUUGCGUAA